UUGGUGCUUAAUUAUUAUAUUUAUAAAGGCAAAACGAGGCUCAAGCAUUAACUGGUUCCAUGGUGUAAUGGUUAGCACUCUGGACUCUGAAUCCAGCGAUCCGAGUUCAAAUCUCGGUGGAACCUACCUUUAUUAUAAUCCAGGUUGUUAUUAUGAAAUGAGUGUUUUAAACUGGAUGCACACUGUGAGAUUUUUAAUAGUCCGACUGUUGCGACUGUUGCUUGUGAGACUGUACGAAGUUGAACCCCUCUGUAAGCCAUGUCACACUGUAGGAUCUCAACUGGCAUUAAUGUCAAACUGUACGACAGUCAAGACGUGAAAAACAGACACACGCAAGAAGACUAGUAUGGAGUAGGAGAAGCCACACUACAGGACUGUGCCUCAAAUCUUCUGACACUGACAGCAUUUUAAAAGGGAAGAAAAUGUGAUGGCAACGGCCAUUAAUCAGCUGUCGGGGUACGCGUCAAACUAGCGAUCAAAGAAUACAAAGAGAUUUGGCCUAGGAUUGUAGGAAUCUUUUAGGAUUCUCAAAAUGUAUCUCAGACGACCAAAUCGUGGCCAAAAUCGUACAGUGUGGAGCCGGCUUUACUAUGUAUGUAUUUGAGACAUUACAAUGUUUUCAUAAGAUCUCUUAUGUACAUUUUUAUUUAGCGAACUAUAACGUGUAUACAUGGAGACUCGUAUAGCAGCUCGCUUGUGCUUAACAGGUUCCAUGGUGUAAUGGUUAGCACUCUGGACUCUGAAUCCAGCGAUCCGAGUUCAAAUCUCGGUGGAACCUUCGUUAUAAAUUUAAUUCAACAAUUUAACAAAAAGGUUACAUGCAAGCACAUCAUCAUUUUCUUACCAUGAACUCAUUAGAGGCAAUGCAAAGUUUUCAUUAGACCUCUUACGUCCAUUUUCAUUUAGCAAAAUAUACACACGUACAUUACCCGGAAGUAGUACGUACCUUCCUUUAAAUCAAUAUGGCGGCUCCCGUAACAGCAUGUUGUUUAUGUUUCUCGCGAUCUGUACAGUUUGUAAACAGGACUGAACGGUCACGACAAAUAUUAUCUAAAUUAUAUUGCGAUACAUUUUUAAUUCGCCAUUUAGGCAGUGGCCAGAAGCUUCUGGCCAAGCACUCGGAUAAUUCACAGGGUGAUCAGCCUGCUGACAUCCCAGUUGAUAAACUUAAAAUAACUUACAGUCGGAGCAGCGGACCAGGAGGUCAACACGUAAACAAAGUCAAUACAAAAGCAGAGGUUCGGUUUCAUGUCCAGACUGCAGAAUGGAUUCCAGAGGAGGUGAAAACUGAGAUCCUCUUAAAGAAUAAAACUCGGAUCAAUAAAGCUGGUGAGUUAAUAGUAACUUCAGAGGUUAGCAGAAGCCAACAGAGGAACUUGGAUGACUGUGUACAGAAGAUCUCUGAGAUCAUUACUGAAGCCAGUCAGCAACCACCAGAGCCAUCAGCAGAGGAUCUCACCCUGAGGGCUAAAAGGUUAGAGAAAAGAAAUUUAGCAAGGCUCAAACAGAAAAAGAUCCAUUCCUCAACGAAGCAAGCACGACAGGUUAAUUUUGACUGAGUUGCAGCUGUGAAUAUUUUUUUUAUCUUUUGAAUAUAUUGUAUAUAUUAUACCUUGUUUUUUGAAAAUUAUGAAUAUCUUGUGUCUGUUAUUUGAAUGAACUGAUGGAAGAAUUUUCUCCUGUUCCUACAUGUAUGUGAACCCCAAAGUGAUAUGUAUUUUUGCAAAGUAUUACUGUGCAUUAUGUAACUGUUUGGGUUAUAGUAAAUAAAUUGAAUUGUGAAAAUU